AUGAGCGACGCCAGCAACUGGAACAGCAGGGACCGAGUGAACUUCUCAACUCCCCAAUCUACUUCUGGGCGGAUAGACCGUCAGCAUGGCUUGUAUGAGGAUGUCAAUGAAAAUCAACACGACUCGAACUUGGUGCAACCUGAUCGCAUCUUCCAAGAAAAUUAUGGCAACGAUGCUGGUCCUACCGAUAUGCCGGCCUCCUGUACGACAGACCACGAUCAGAUUCUAGGACACAACGUCCUUGGGUAUCCCUCUGAGAUGCCAUCUGGAGCCCACUACUCGGCAUACAAUGGCUAUUACUGGGGCUAUGAGGAGAGCCCCCUCAUCAACCCGCCCUUUCGUCAAUCCUCUAGUGAUGUCGAUCUAGUGUCGGUUUUCGAGUACUGGGAGCCCGACGAGGAAGAAAUCGAAAGUCGUUGCAAGAGCUUCUUACCUCAAUGGAGAACGAUCAAUUGGGAGGGAAAUGCGAGAGAUCAGACAUACACACUUGUCUCGCCCAAAGCCAAACCCAUGGCGAAAUGCGACAGAGUGCCCAGCUUCGCCAGCAAGUCAAGCGAUUCUAGUGUUGAGUUUCUUUGGGAAACGCCAGUAAAUCCUCGCGAUAGUAUUUACACGGAUACUUCAUCGACAGCCAACGUUACGAGGCGGCAAACCCCGACAAAUCAGGAGACUACGCACGCUACUCAAACAGACGUGGCUGAUAAUUGCCGUUAUGAAAGCUACGUUAACGAGAGCAAUAAGCGAAAGCGAGACAGCAGCGUUGAAAUUCUCCUUUGUUUUCGACGCAAUGUUCGACCGAAGCAGCAUUCAGUCUAA